AUGUCGUCCGAAGCUAUUGACGUCACCGAAGGCGACCGACUCACCUUUCUCCACUACUACGAAGACACCGACUACCCCGGCCACGUUGGACCGCGCACGAGCAAAUGGAUGGCCACGGUUUCCAAGCCGGGCAUAGUCGCUCUCGACUGCAUCGCUAGAACUGUUGCCGAAGUCUAUGGAACGAAGGUCGAACACUUGACUGAUGUGCGGCACAAGAUCGAGUUUCCGGGCGGACACGUGGGUAUCAGUUCCGAGUACAUCCAAGUCACGGCUGUGUUCGAAUAUCUCCCUCAGCACAUCAAAGAGCUGUAUACCGCCCCUUCAGGAGUCUGCUAA